CUAUUGUUAAAGUCAAAGAAGUGUGUACGUUGAUAAUCUUUUCAAGUUUCCAGAUGAUAUACGGGGAACAUGGAAUGAAAAUGUGAAGAGUUUCUUCGCCUGGGCGAACAGUAGUCAUUGUAGUAAUUGCAACUUGAAAAAAUAUUUCAGUUCUUUUGGACUGUUUGGGAAAAAGUCCUAAUUUGUUUAUUUAUUUUUUUUUAUUAGUACAUUUGUAGCGAAAAUAAAUAUUUGAAUUAGUUUUCCGUCUUGUUCUUUCUAGUUUCAUUUUUAAUCUGUAAUAAUAAUGCUGAUUGGUAAUUUAUUUUCUAGAAUGUGUAAUUCCAACAUACUACAAUUUCUUCUGCUUUGCGGAAAACUGAAACGAACUGUAAGAACUGGGUGGACACGUUACAAUAUCAAUGCCCCUGAAAGUGUUUCUGAUCAUAUGUACAGGAUGGCAUUAAUGGCUAGUGUAAUUCCAAGAAAGGAGCGCGAAAAUCUGAACACUGAUCGAUUAAUAAAAAUGGCGAUUGUACAUGAUUUAGCCGAAUGUAUAGUUGGCGAUAUUACGCCGUAUUGUGGGGUAUCGAAAGGGGAGAAAUUAUCAAGAGAAACGGAUGCUAUGAAGCAUUUGUGUUCGCUUAUCUCAGAGGAGAACGGUACAGAAAUUUUGAAUCUAUGGAAGGAGUACUCUGAACAGAAGACGCCUGAAGCUAUUAUUUGCAAAGAUUUUGACAAGUAUGUACAAUUCCAUAAAUAUUAUGCAAACAAAACUGUUCGUAUACGCACAGAUUUGAAAUGCUGUUACAAGCCUAUGAAUAUGAAAGUGAGACAUGUGAACCAGGAAAAUUGGAAUCAUUUUUUGAGAAUACUCUAGGUAGGCUUUACUUCUUCUUCUUCUGUCUUUACUUGGGAAUUCAACUAAUUUGCAUUUAUUCUAGGUACAUUCAAGACACAUUUAGGCCAAAAAUGGGUAGAAGAACUUUGUGCAUUACGUCGGGAUUUAUUUGUUCGCAAAGAUACAGCUGGUGAUGACAAGAGCUAAAUAGCCAGAAUCUCGAGAUUGUAUAUAUAUGUAUACAUAAAUAUAUCAACUUUUCUUAAUUGUAUUUUUGUUUAUCACAUCGCAUUUGAAAUGAACGUAUCUUUAUUUAUGCACUGUUUAAGUACUUUCUUCACUGUGUUUGCAAAAGUUCAGUAGUAUUCCACGGAAAGUAUUUCUUCAAGCAGGUGGCUCUGUGAACAGUCGCUAGAUAAAAUUCGGCGUGAUAUCUAUACUAGUGAAG